AAUAGAAGCCUGUGGCAGUUUCUCCGGCGAAUCGAGCGACUAUAGACAGAGGACGAGAGAGAAGUGGAAAACGUCACACCAAGAAUUUGCUGAUAGUAACUUUUCUGCCAACUUGCUGCAUGAUUCCGUGGCACAGAGCGCUUCGUGAUGAAUGGCAAGCAGCUGAAACAGAGGGUGAUUGAAGAAUGCACGACAGCUUGUGUAGGCGACAAUGAAGGCCUCAGGUUUUAUCAACUCACGGCAGCCCCACUGUUUAAAGAUGAAGCUGCCAAUAUUCAAGUGCUCACGGUUGGCCCCGCGAGUGGCAAGGAGGUUAUUGCAGUGCUGUUGCUUGGAGAAACGGGCGCCGGAAAAACUCACCUGACGAACACGCUUAUAAACAUCGUCUUCGGAGUCCAGUUUGCCGAUAACUUCAGGUUUGCGGUGAAGGACCAGGUUGAUCUCCCCAGCAAGAGCCAAAUCCACAGCCAGACUGACUACAUAACAGCCUAUUUGAUUCAUCAUAUGGACGGAAUGCUGAUCAACUGUAGUCUUAUGAUCAUAGACACUCCGGGGUUUUAUGACACGAGAAGUGUGGAGUGCGGGAGUCAUGUGAGUGGACCUUUGUCUUCUUUUUUGUUGAACGAUUUUGGAAUUGAUAACCUACACUGUGUUGGGCUCGUCGCUAAAGCAAACCAAAACAGAAUCUUAAAGAGUCAGGUCGAUGUUUUAAACGAAUUUUCUUCCUUUUUUUCUCGCGAUGUCUCGUCGAUAACGAAACUUUUGGCCACUUUCGCUAGUGAUGAUAAUCAUGUGCACGAAGUCGUAAGAGCUGCUGGGAUCUCUUUCAGCAGUAUGUACGAAUUCGAUAAUUGGCCUUUGUAUAAAAAUAAUCAUGAUGCCAGUCUCAGGACCAGCGCGAUACUUGAAUUCAGAUGGGAGAACAUGCAGAAAGAAUGUGUUCGAUUUCUGAAAGAGCUGAGUGUUGUUCCGCCUUUGAAUCUUAAAAACACACGGGAUCUGCAUGAGGAGAGAAAGCUACUCUCUGAGGCGAAGGAUCAGUUGAUGACCGAAACGAGACUCACGGCCACGAUAGUUCGAACGCUUCCUAAAUUGAAAUUGGAAUUGAAAAAUUACAUGGAGGAAGCAAAGCAUACUAACUGGAAAUACAGUGAGAAAAUCGUUACCGUGGAGAAAUACGACGUGGCAGAGGGUUACCAUGCACACAGUUGCAAAGCCUGCAAGAAAACGUGUGUGUGUUCUUGUCCAGAUCCGUCAAAUGUGGUGGCAGGUGUCGUGGGGACAACAUCGGGCGUUGGGACUGCCUUUGCCACCGGCUUAGCUUCAGCGAUGAGCACUGGAGCUGUUAUUGGCAGCGAGGUGGGGAUCCUGGGUGGUCCGAUUGGAGCUGGCGUCGGUUCAUGUAUCGGCCUAGUAAGCGGCCUUGCGGUUGGGAUAUCUGCAGGAAUCAAGUCGAGGAAAACAAAGGCAGAAUGUCCACUGGUUAGUUCCGAUUCGAUUUGUGAAGAAAAGGGCUGUCCACACAAAUUGUCAGAUCACCAGGUAGAACACUUCGCGAUUAUAGAAUCUGAAGACAGUAUCGAAAAAGUUGAUGCUCCGAUGAAACUCAGAUAUGAUAGUCUAAUGGAUGUGAUUAAGAAGACACAGGGUGUAAUCAAGGAAAAGGAGGAAACCAUGCAAGAGUAUAAGGAAAACUUGACAAUGUUAGCAGUGAGAAUGGUUAAACAUAUAAGGAGAAUAAGCGAACUAAGCAUUAAUUCGGAAUAUGUCACUCCUGAGAAAGUCAUUGACGAAAUGGUAAAGGACGUCGAAGAUGAAGAACAAAUUAAGGUAUUGAGGAUGUGUCUAAGUGCCAUGAAGCUCCUGUAGAAUCCAUCAACCAACAGUGCUAGUCUUAGGAGGCCAGAAGUAGUGCCUUACAUCUAUAUAUAGUGUUCUUGCUGAAAAUUAUUAUUAAGGUUUAGAAACCUUUGGUUCAAGCAACGGUGAUAUUGGACGUUUUCAUUGUACAUAUAGUUUUCCAAUCUAUAUUUAGAUUUUUAUAACAAUAUAGUUUCUGUAUUUUUUAUGUUUACAGAACAUGUUUGGUGUUAUUUUUCAAUAAAAUGCACAGACCUACGAUAAAUUAUGAAUUAUAUUUCUAUGCGGAUUUUCUCUAUCCUUGAAAGAGAUAACUGCAAUGGAAACUUUGUUCUUUAGUACACCAACACCAACACGCGCACGCGUGCACACACACACCAACCGCCACAUGCCAACCGUUUGUUA